AUGGGAUGUUGCUGCUCGAAGAAGAAAGAGGAAGAAGAACAGUCGUCAUCGGUCGUUCCAGGGGCGGUAAAAGGCAUACUGAAACCAACGAGAACGUUUUCGAGCAAAGAAGAAUCACCACGAAAACCUGCGACUUUGAAACCGAAGAAGGUUUUCGGAUGGAAAGAUUCGAUCGAUUCGAAAAAAGUGCUCUCGUUUUGGUUCACGGAGGUUGCGUAUUUCUCCGAACGGCCGAAACGGGAGACGAUGCGCACGAGGGAGUAUUCCUCGAAGAUGAGCGCAGAGUUGUGGUAUUCCGGAUCGAAAGAGGCCGACGAGAAGUGCACGUCAGCUUUACGCGCGGAAGUUAUCGUCGCGCAGAAGGAAAAGUUGAGCGAAGCCCAACUGGCGAAGAACGCGUUUUCGAGGAGCGACAACCGGUUGGACGCGAUAUUGGCGAGAGUUAUUUUGUUGGACCAAAUUAGCAGGAACGUGUUUCGAGGGACGGAAAAGGCGUUCGUAGGGGACGAGUGCGCGUUGCGGUACUCGAAAUUCAUCGUUCGCGAACGGUUAGGGGACGAUUUACCACCCGCCGCGCUAGGAUUUAUCGUCAGUCCGUUUUUACACUCCGAGCUCGUCGAGGACCACGUGUUGGCGGAGAAAUUUUGUAGGAGAAUGAUCGAAAAGAACGGCGCGAACACGCCGCUGGAGUGGACGUUGAAAUAUGUAUUAGGGCACAAGGAGGUUUUAGAAAUGUUCGGGAGAUAUCCUCACCGGAACGAAAUCUUAGGAAGAGAAACGACGGUCGAAGAAGCGCAAUGGUUGGUCUCCGCGCAAGUUCCGGCGUGGGCCAAGAGUCAGCGGCGGAAGAAACUCGACGAGUAG